CGAGUCGGGGGGCGCCCGAGCGAGCCCUCCUGCUGGGAUGGCAGAAGAUGAGCCUGAUGCCAAGAGCCCCAAGUCCGGGGGAAGGGCCCCCCCAAGCAGUGCCGAGGCUGGCGAGCCCACCUCCCUUCUCCAGAAGCUCCGGGGUACCAUCUCCAAGGCUGUGCAGAACAAAGUGGAGGGGAUCCUGCAAGAUGUCCAGAAAUUCUCUGACAAUGACAAGUUGUAUCUCUACCUUCAACUUCCCGCCGGGCCCAGUGCUGGCGACAAGAGCUCCGAGCCCAGCGCCCUCAGCAACGAGGAGUACAUGUAUGCCUACAAGUGGAUUCGCAACCACCUGGAGGAGCACACUGACACCUGUCUGCCAAAGCAGAGCGUCUAUGACGCCUAUCGUAAGUACUGUGAGAGCCUGGCCUGUUGCCGCCCCCUCAGCACAGCCAACUUCGGCAAAAUCAUCCGAGAGAUCUUCCCCGAUAUCAAGGCCCGGAGGCUUGGCGGCCGUGGCCAGUCCAAAUAUUGCUACAGCGGCAUCCGGAGGAAGACCUUGGUGUCAAUGCCGCCCUUGCCUGGACUUGACCUCAAGGGCUCUGAGAGCCCGGAGGUGGGCCCCGAGGUGACGCCAGCGCCCCGGGACGAGCUGGUGGAGGCCGCCUGUGCCCUGACCUGCGACUGGGCCGAGCGCAUCCUCAAGCGGUCCUUCAGCUCCAUCGUGGAGGUCGCCCGCUUCCUGCUGCAGCAACACCUCAUCUCUGCCCGCUCCACGCACGCACACGUGCUCAAGGCCUCGGGGAUGCCCGAAGAGGAUGAGCAUUCCCCUCGCGAACGGUCGACUAAGUCUAAGAACGGUGUGGAGAGCCUGGGGGGUGGCACCCAUAAGAGAGCCGAGAGAACGGCCCCACCUCCUAAAGAGCUGGAGUCCCGGGCUGGGACCACGGUCCCAGCACGCGGUGAGCGGAAGAAGAACGUAGCGGAGAGCCCAGCGCCAGCAGCCAGUAACCCGCAGGUGAACGCCCUGGUGGCCCGGCUGCCCCUGCUGCUCCCCAGGGCCCCGCGCUCACUCAUCCCGCCCAUCAGAGUCUCGCCGCCCAUCCUGGCCCCCAAACUGCCUUCGGGGACUCUGAAAGUGGCCACGCUGCCCCUGGCCAGUAGGGCAGGGGGCCCCCAGGCACCUGUGCCCAUCAUCAACAUGAUCUUGCCGACUGUUCCUGCUUUGCCUGGGCCGGGGCCCGUUCCAGCCGGCGUCCUCGCCCAGCCCCGGGGCACAGAGCAGAGGGAGGUAGGCGUGAGUGGUGACCCAGACGCCCGUGACAAAGGUGUCAAAAGAACAGCCGAAGUACUUGUGGGUGAGGCCAGUGGGCAGGACCCAGCAGCAAAAGCAGCAAAGCAGGAGACAGAGGAAGUAGGAGGCGAUGCCAAGAGAAAACGGGGGCGUCCGCGGAAAUCGGGUGGAAGCAGAGAAAGGAAUUGCACCCCAGACAAAUUAGCAGCUAGCCUGGACUCUGCCCGGUCCUCAAGCAUCCCACAGGCACCGGGCACCACCGCCUGGGAAAGCGGCCCAGCUGGAGGCACGGAGAGACCAGGACCUGCAGGGGAAGCCAGGAAGGGGACGCUGCCAAGGCCAGGUCAGGAGCACGGUGCUGCUUCCAGAGCAGGGAAGGGCCCCGGCUCCCGCCAUGCCAAAGAUGCAGGAGAGGAAGUUCCUCUUGUGGCCCCCAAAGUGAGUGUCAUCAAGGGCAGUAGAAGUCAAAGGGAGGCUCUCCACGUGGGGAAGGGGGAGGCAGACAGGUCAGCUCAGGGUAAUAAAGACUUGAAGGCACACGUGCUUCAUACUUCCUUGUCCCAAGAGCGGAAAGACCCCAAAGCAAUACCCCCGUGAGGAGUCCGCGGGGACGUGUUUCUGUCUGCGUAUUAACUCCGCCUGCCAGCCUCCCCGAGGCCCCUCGCUGUCCUGCAUCUCAUCCGACUCUUCCCUGGCCAAAGGAACCCCUGCCCGUCCGUGGAGAUCGCCGCCGCGCCCUGGCUAGUUCCACAGUGCCUGCUUCCUGCUUCUGAUCUUCGCAGCUCAGUCUGCCCUCUGCUUUUGAGUCACUCAGAAAUCAGCCAUGGCCUUCUUGCCCAGUCCCUGCUCUCUCCCGUGGAAGGACGGGGUUGGCAUAUGAUGAAUGUAUAGAUCAGAACUAUUUUGACUCGAAAUCACAGGAAAUCUGAGACUGACUGGAAGAUCCAUUGGCCCGCGUGACUGGGAAACCAGGAGCUAAUGCUGGCUCCAGGUAGAGUGGACCCAGUGACCCAGCAUGCGUGGCCUAGCUCCAAGUUCUGCCUUUGUGGGUCUUCUUGAGCCCGGGCUACCUCGUGGCUGCAGGGAACCCUAGAACCACACAUCCCCCGUGACACACCAAGAUGGUGCCAGGAACCCUUGCCAAGGCCUGUGAGGCACUCGUGACUGGGGCCCAGGCCCGUCCCAAAGCAAUCACAGGCCAGGAGGUGACCGAUGAUGGAUGCUCCUUGGGGUGGAGGGCUUGGCUCAGCCCCCUUAGAAUCAGGUGCCUGGGAGGGAGGAGUUGUCUGGGCUGGGAGCCAGCGACAGACAGCCGUGCCAUGACAGCGACAGACAGACAUGCCCUAGGCUAGGCAGAGGACAGCUCCACCUGCUCUUUGGACGACAACUGGAACCUCUUCCCACCUUGUUGGCAGCCUCUGAGGAAUGAGGGACUUCUCUCAGUGGACUCUUCAGCUUCUCCACAGUACAGCUCAGAGCUGGAGCUCCUUCCUUUCCCUUCCAGAGUGUUCGUUUCCUCCUGCCUCCGUAUCCCCUCUGUCUCCCUGACAGUGGCAGUAAGACAAUAGGUUUACUUCCCAGUCCUCUUAUUAAAUGCAUUCUGUACCCACCAGGUGUCAGUGUUUUGUCAUACAUGCAUCAAGAUGUAGCCAGGAUUGUGGGAUUCAGGUGGGGUGGAAGGAAGGCAGUGCAGACUUCCAGGUGCUUCCAGAAGAGGAGAGGAGGCUGCAAAGCCAUCAGUACACAUGGGGGACUUCCUCUGUAGCACAAAGGGCAGCCAGUAGGGCAUCUCGAUUCUCCAAAAAAAAAAAAAACAACACAGACUUGUCUUUCAAGGAGGCUUCAUCUGCUCACUUAUUUCCACCACAAGAGACUUUUCAAAGAUUAUCAUAUGUAAUGCUUGGUAUAUAUAUAAAGAAUAUAUUUAACAUGAAUAAAUUAUGAGGUGUAAUAAACAAGAGCUUA